AUGUCCAACGUACAACUACUCCCAAGAACCCUCUCCUUCCUCCGCCUCCCCGGACGACCGGCGCAGCACCUAGUCGGCCGCUUUCGGUCCUUCCUGGCUUUGCGGAAGUUGGUGCAAGCGGAGGAAGGCAACCCAGAGUUGCAACGGUUUUUCAGCCAAACGUUUCUUGGCAGGAAGAAGCUGCAGGACAAAUCCAAGCUGGUAGGAGGUUUACUGCCACUGUCGCUGCCAUCGAGACUAAAAUUGUUUGGGCACAACAGGGAAGAGGGCCCAGAGAGAUGUUUGGCAAAGGCACGAGCAGCGGUUGAUGCUGUCCUCGUUGGCCCCCAGCACGCAAAAUGGCAGUGCUCCACGUUGCACUUUUCGUGGCUGCAAAUCGAGGCGCGAGCAACAUCGCCUGCAGUCAACAUGUCUUCAACUACCAUGUCUAACAACUACAGGGACUGCAAUGGCGUUUACUCGCCGACGAAACACGAGACCAUCGCGCACGUCAGGAACGUUCUGAGAAAAAAUUUCUCAAACAUCCUCGAAGACUACAGGCAAAUCACAACCUGGUACCAGGACCAAAACAUAACCGGCACCUCCGUGGUGAAAUCGGGUAAGUGGACGAAGUUCCCGGUUUUAUCGUAUGCGAAAUUCCACGAAGAGGCGAACUGGACCUUCACGCAACAAUUGUUGCAAAGCGAGGAGUUAGCCCCUUAUCUCGCGAAAGGCCUGGGAAGUUGCUACUUCAGCCGCCUGCAGGGGAAAACGCACAUCCGGGAGCACUACGGACCCACGAACGGAAGGGUGCGCGUGCAUUUGGGACUCGAAAUUCCGGGCGAGAACGGCGGGUUGGGGACGAGGGGAUCUGCAACUGCUGGCGUGGGAGAUCAUCGUGCUACAUCUGUUUAUGGACAAGAUUCUACUGUUGCAGCGGCAGAAGUGGAAGAAGCUGCACGAGUAGAUGUGGAACAUCAGCAACAAAACCAGCAUUGCUUCCUCCGUGUGGGCGAUAGCUGUUACCCCUGGAUCCAAGGCGAUAUCUUGGCCUUCGACGACAGCUUCUAUCACGGCGUUUACCUCGACAGCGGAGAUGGAAAUGCGACAAAUUCCUCUUCUGAGAGGGAGAACGUGAGGGGUACUAGUGCAAGGAUAAAAACCUCUUUCGGGAAUAAAUCGAAAUCACCAGCAUCCGAAAGAACAGACGAAAAUCUAGUGCGUGGCGUUUUGGUCUUAGACAUUUACCACCCUGAUCUAACGUUCGCCGAGCGGCGAUUUUUGGAACAAAUGGAGCAAAUAAACGCCAAGUUUUUACCAAAAGCGCAGAACUGGAGCCAGAUUUCAAAUGCUCGCGGCAGUUUUGCACAUUGAAAAACUACGAACAAGUUUUUACACCACCAAUAGUUAUCGCGGUG